AUGUCGAGUACUGUAACUGAAACGUUGAGCGCGGCCGCGGACCCAACUAGAUACGGGUUUGACAAACUCAACCCCUAUGAACACCCGCCAGAGACCAAAGCCGACGUACCUUGGUCCGAGUUGGUCACCCUGGAUCUAGAAGACUAUGCCCGCCCCGGCGGAAAGGAGCGGCUGGCGAAACAGCUCGAGCACGCCGUGCACCACGUGGGCUUCUUCUACGUCAAGAACUUUGGCCUGUCCCAGGAGCAGGUGGACCAGCAGUUCACCCUGGCCAAGAACUUUUUUGAACUCCCGACCGAGGAGAAGGAGAAGUUCGAGGUCAACUACGCCGAGGCGGAUUAUAACGGCUGGCGCAGGCCGGGCCGCUAUCUGCAAGUCAAAGCCAAGGACAAUGUUGAGAUGUAUAACAUUGCCAAGUUCACCAAGGACUUCGAGGGCAAGUAUGACCACCCGGACCUGAUCAAAGCACACCUCCCGGAGAUCGAGGUAUUCCACCGCGCGUUGCAUUCCAACGUCGUGUUGCCUCUUCUGCGUCUCUUCGCAAUCGUCCUCCAGCUGCCCGACGAAGAGUACUUGGUCAAGCAACACACGUACGAGACGAAGAGCGAGGACCACUUCCGAUAUAUGCUCUACUACCCGCGGACCGAGGAGGAGUGGGCCGACAGCAAGUACGGGACCACGGGCGGGCACACGGACCUCGGCACCGUGACGCUGCUGUUCCGGCAGCCGGUCGCCGGGCUCCAGAUCCUCGGCGAGGACGGCAACUGGACCUGGGUCAAGGCGGAGCCCGGGACCAUCACCGUUAACCUGGCCGACACCAUCUCGCAUCUGACGGGCGGGUGGCUGAAGAGCUCGGUGCACCGCGUCGUUGCGCCGCCCGAGGACCAGCGCCAGUACAAGCGCACGGGGCUGCUGUACUUUGCACGCCCGCACAACGACACGGUGUUGGUCCCCAUCACGGACUCGCCCGUGCUGGAGAAGGCGGGUGUCAAGCCCCGGUUUGAUAAGCUGGUCACCAUGGCGGAAUGGGUCAAGGCGAAGCAGACGCUCCAGCUAAACCCUGAGAUCGCCAAGAAGCGGUGGGCGGAGAGCGGAGACGGCACGGUUGAGGUUCUUGCUGGGUUUAGGGACCAGAAGUACAAAGAGUAG